AUGAAAAAGGUUUUACCAUCAAUAACAAGAUAUAGUACCUCAAGGUACUUUUUAUCAAAUACAACAAAAGUGUCUAGAAUACCUAUAACUAAAAUACCAAUAUUUUCCCCUAUAUUUUAUCAAUUGCAUAAUACGCAUAAUUUUUCCACUUUUCAAAGAUUAAAUUAUGCUACGUACAAAAAUCACAAUGAAGAUUUAAAUGAGCAUUAUACCAUGAAACCACCUUUUAAACCAACGAAAGAGCAGUUAUUAAAAAAUUCAAAGGGUUUUUUGGAAAGGUUUAGAAUUAGAUCAAAAUGGUUGUUAAUUAAAGAUUAUAGGCCCUUUAAUGUAGACGAAAUAAGUACAUUAUUUUCCUGGUUUUUUAUUUUUCAAAUAUUAUGGAUUAUUUUGGGGACAACAACUUUUGUUUCCUUGAUAUUGUUUUCCGUAGAUAAAAUUUUAGGUACAAACAAGGAUUUUGUAUCAAUGAUUUUGAAUAAAAGUAAAUGGGGCGCAGAUAAAAAUAUACAAUUUGUGGUUAUGGGUGAUGUUUCACCAAAUUGGAGAAAGGGAUUUCUAGCAUUUAAGUGCUUGAGAAUAAAGACUAAAAAUGCAAAUAGCAGUGAACCAAUAUUUUUUGAUUUAACAAUUAAAAAAUUAGAAUUAACUUUAUCCUUAAGAAAAUGGCUGAAUGGCCAGGGCCUAAUAAAUGAAAUAAAUUUGAGGGGUAUUGAGGGGAAUAUUAAUCUAUGGGAAGAUCCAAUGGCCAAUAAUUGGAUUAAGAAUCAUAAUUACCAAAUAAACAAAAUCGUCUGUCAAGAUUGUCAUUUUAUUUACAACGAGGAUUUAAACAUAAACAUUUUCAACAUGACUUUGCCCAAGCUAAGAUUUAAAUAUUGUAUGGUUGAUUUUUUCAAUGCUACUGUGGUUUCCGGGUCAAUAAAUGACUCUUUGUUUACAAUUCAUAAGAGACAACACAGUUUGGCGUAUACAAAGGAUUUAUCGCAUGAUCUAGCAUCUUCCUGGGAAAGAAUAAGUAGGUUAAGGAUAGACCAAACAUCUAUUAGGGAUUUAGGUCUACCUCGGUCAAAAAGUUUCAAUUGGAUUGAUGAUGGUAAACUGGAAAUAACCGCUGAUAUAAUGAUACCUAAAAUAGAAUCGGUUGAUACUGACAAUAACGAUCAUACCCCUAACAAUAACAUGGAAGAUCAUGAUUCAAAAGUCAACAAGUAUAUAGUUAUGGAUUUCAAAUUUAAAUUUAAGGAUUUGUCAGCAAAGUUGCCGUCUGAAAACCCACAUUUGUCUAAUGAUGCCACCAUUUUAAAACUUGAUGAAUUAAAACCCUUAAUCACAUAUGUAAACUCCAAAAAAACAUGGUAUCACUCUAUGAGGCAAAAAUAUGGUGAUCCAUUUUUGUCAUCACUGCGCUCAUCUACUUAUAUAAGUAAUGAAUCACCGGCAAACAAUAGUAGUCGUAAUAGCGGUAAUGCCUUGGGAGAUAUGGGAUGGACGUUUACUGAUGAUCAAAUACAACACAAAAGUUCAUAUCCGGAAAUAACAGUAUUUUCAUGGCCAGAAGACGAAGAUGGGAAUAAUUCCGAAGGUGGUAAAGAAAUUAUCAAGUAUCAUAAUAUAGAUAGAGAUACUAAUAAUAAUGAAAUAAUAUUGACGUGUAGAGUGGUAGAGAACGUUCAGGACUUGAGAAAUAAACUAUUAUUUAAAGAAACCAAAAUUUAUGACAUGGUAACGAUGGAAUUAUAUUAUGAUUUAAUGAAAGUUGUAGAAGACUGGGAAUAUAAAAAAAAUCAUGAUUGGACUAAGUUAUGGACAGCCACUUUUAUGUCUCAAUUAUUAAUUUUAGGAUUGGGGUCCAUCGCAUAA